GUUAAGGCGGAGAUCGCCGACCUGAGGGCCGAGGCGACGCGCCUGCUGGACACCCAGCUCUCAAAGUCGGCCGAGGGCAUCCGCAAGGAGCAGGCCGCCGCCGCCGCCGCCGUAACGCGCAAGCUGGAGGCGGCGCGGGGCACCAAGUGGGCGGCCAAGUACCAGGAGGACCUCGCCUUUGUCAGCUGGUUCGACGGCGCCGCCGCGCAGGACCCGGCCGGCGGGCCGCGCGCGGCGGCUGCAUGA